AUGUAUCAGAGCUAUCAGCUACUUUCCCUCGAAUUUUCCAAACCCAAACCCCCGCGGCUCCAAUCUUAUCAAACAGGGGCGUCAAGCUCAAGUACUACAAAUGGAAUGGAAUCCCCCGAACUUUCUAUCUGUUUGAAUUGCGAAGAUCUUGAUAAUCGUGUCAAAGAACUUUGUCAGCAUCUAGGAUACAUGGAAAGUCAAUUGGACGAGAAUUGUCGAAAUUCAAUGCACAUGUAUGACCAGCUGCAGACGGAGGUCGGAGAGCUCUGGGACGCGAAGAAAAAGGAUAGGCGUACGAUACAUGGUCCAUUGAGACAAUUGCGGGUGGACUUUGAUUUGAGCACUCAAUCUUUGGAAGAUUUUAAGGACGGUCUAAUAAGCAUACAUCACCAUCUUCAAGAAAAGAUACAUGGCCUGAAAGUUGAACUUGACAGUACUUCAAAAAAUUUCAGAGAUAUGUUGCAGCAACGCGACGAAUUGGAAAACACACAAACAAUAUCCUUGAAGUCUCUUGUUGCUAGCACUAGAGCCGAACUCUUGAAGCUUUUGCAAAAAGGGAGAGAGGAACUAUAUGAAAGCAGAAGUCUGCGCGUUUCAUGUGAAAACGAAGUUUCCAACGCUAGAGCGGAGCUCAGGGAGUUCCAGCAAGAGGCCCGGGAGGAGAGAAUUAGAGCUUCUAUAAAUCACGAACAGGCUUGUGAAAAAAUUGGCGAGGCGUUGAACAUCUUAUCCGGUGCAAUGAAUGAUUUUGAAGAAAGGCCAUACAACAGGAUAGAGAAGCGCAUUUUCCCUGAACUCUUGAAACUUUUGCAAAAAGGGAGAGAGGAACUAUUUGAAGUCAGAAGCCUGCGCGCUUCAUGUGAACACAAAGUUUCCAACGCGAGAGCGGAGCUCAGGGAGUUCCAGCAAGAGGCCCGGGAGGAGAGAAUUCGAGCUGCCAUAAAUCAUGAGCAGGCUUGUGAAAAAUGUGAUGAGGCAUUGAAAAUUCUAUCCGGUGUAAUGAAUGAUUUUGAAGAAAGGGCAUACAACAGGAUAGAGAAGCGCCUUUCCCAAAAUGCCGAUUUUGAUCACAUGGCUAGCCGUUUUGAGGAGAGCGCAGAUAUGUUCCUGAACAAUGGAAUAAGUGUAUCUCCAGGAACAGGGCGCCAAAUAGUCUUGGGUAGUGUAGCCGCAGCCAGGACUGAACUGCCCAAAGACAAGGGGUACUACAGACAUGCUUUAUGGAUCCACCGCAGAAUAAUCUUACGAAGCAUGCCUGGAAGAUACCCACAGUACCUUGGCACAGCAAGCAUUGGAAUCAUAUAA